AUGUCAAAUGUAUAAAAUAGAUAGAAUGCAAAAGCUUUGAAUAAUCUGUUAAAUUCAUAAGGAUCACAGUUCCGAUUAUAAAAAAUACUGUCCAAAGAUAAUUAUUUAUCAAAACAUAAUCAUUCUAAACCUUUAAGAACUGAAAAAUCAAGUACCCUAUCUCUAGUUAAAAGUGAUAGUUUGAUAACUAAUGACAACAAAAACUUUUUUAAGACAUCUACAAGCCUUAAUAAAUUGAAUAAUAUUGUCAAUUUUUAAAAGAAAGCCAAUGAUGAAUAACAUAAAAAAGUUAUUAAACAUCUUCUCACAGAUUUAUCUUAUUAAAAACUAAAUAAAAUUAGUUUAGAAGGAAAUCGUGUAAGAACUCUACAAGGUGUUAAACCAGAACUUUAAAAUUUGACAGAUUAAAAAUUGAAAAUGAAAGAUCUUCAAGAGAAAAUUAAACUGAAAUUACAAGAAAGAGAUUAAGAAUAUAUGCUAAAGAAUGGUUAAUAACUUAAUAAUUUAUAACUUAAGUUAUCUAAUCUAUAAGCUUCUUAAUUAUUUAAAAAUUUUCUUGUUCAAAAUGGAUUCAGAUAACCUGCAUUCUUAAAAGAUAUAUAAUGA